AAGUCUCACGAAAUGCUCCCAGAAUCCUCUGCCCUUCCUUUUCCCGGCGGUAGUGAACGUCUUCAGUUAAGCUCUGAAAAUGGUCCGCUACUCGCUUGAUCCAGAGAACCCCACAAAAUCAUGCAAGUCAAGGGGCUCCAAUCUUCGAGUCCACUUCAAGAAUACACGUGAGACAGCCCAAGCCAUCAAGGGAAUGCACAUUCGGAAGGCCACCAAGUACUUAAAAGAUGUGACGCUGAAGAAACAGUGUGUGCCCUUUCGCCGCUACAACGGUGGGGUUGGCAGGUGUGCUCAGGCCAAGCAGUGGGGCUGGACGCAGGGGCGCUGGCCGAAGAAGAGUGCCGAGUUCCUCCUGCACAUGCUCAAGAAUGCUGAGAGCAACGCUGAGCUGAAGGGUCUGGAUGUGGAUUCUCUGGUAAUCGAGCACAUCCAGGUCAACAAAGCUCCGAAAAUGCGCAGGCGAACCUACAGGGCUCACGGUCGCAUCAACCCCUAUAUGAGCUCCCCCUGCCACAUCGAAAUGAUCCUCACAGAGAAGGAGCAAAUCGUCCCCAAGCCAGAAGAAGAGGUCGCUCAGAAGAAGAAGAUAUCCCAAAAGAAACUGAAGAAGCAGAAACUCAUGGCUCGGGAAUAAACACUAUAUUCAUUUCACAAAUAAAGAUAAAACACAA